AUGGAAUACGUGACUUACAAAGCAAUGGAACACAUCAGGAUUGCCCACGGAAAAGCAUAUUUCCCUAUAGUGGAUACCAAUGAAACAUGCAACCACCUUAGAGACUUGGAAGUGGAUACUCAUAAUAUUUUGAUGCCCGCCGAGAUCAAAAGACUGAUCGAUGAUAUGUUGAUUCAUCAAGAGAUUGCUUUUGACGCAGACCAAGACAAGCUCUUCUCUUUUGUGAAAAAUAAUCAAAGUCACGGUAGACUUCUUUAUACCAACAUCACGUAUUGGCCAAUGAAAAAUCCUCAAGAAUAUUACGAAGAUUUUUUUCUUGAUUCCUCGGACAGAAUCUUGAAAUUCAAGUCCAGGAACUUGGGAAACCGCUCAGGGAAAACGGAGGCACAUGUGUUGAUUAAACUCGGGCUGGACAAAAUUCCACCACGUAAGAGCACAGUGGGACACAUGAAAGACUACCUUAUAAGAACAUCCCAAACAAAGAAUCUUGCAGCUGCAAUAGUUGCUAAAUUGGAAAAAAGUCUCAGAGACUUUGAAAAUGUCAACCCAAGGGAAGAUAAUCCGGCCAUGAAGAGAGCUAGAACCGGAACAGAACGCACGUUGAAUAAAUUUCAACAACUAGUGAAAUAUCGCAACAACGCCAUAAGAGAGCUUGACAAUAAGCCUGACCACAUGCCAUGUAACGAUCGUUACGACAUGACCAGUAAAGUCCUUUUCAACAUGCAAUACGGUCAAACCUGA